AUGGACGACGACGGCCUCUUCGGCGAAAUCGAACAGGAUAACAAUCCGCUGUUCUACAGCUCGUCUACUUUUGCCAACCCUUACAAUUUGCUGCAUGACGGCCCCUCUCUGCCACGGCAGCCCCAGACUUCUGGUGCCAACCCCCACAUGGACUUCAGCUCCACCGCGUUGGUCAACUCGUCGCUUGGGCUCUCACAGAAGAUCAAGAAGAUGUUGAACAAUACCAAACUUCGCAUUGAUGUUAUUCUGACUGAACGCUUAGUCAACUCCAACGUCAUUGUGUACUUAAUUGAACUACGCCUUGACAAGCAAGAGGACGCCAUCAUCGUCAAGAGACGUUACUCGGAAUUCAAGUCCCUCAGAGAUAACUUGGUCAAAUUGUUCCCGACCACCAUAAUUCCGCCCAUUCCGGAAAAGCACACACUUAUCACCUACUUGAUCAACUCCAUUGACAAUAGCAAAGAGAUUCUGGUCAUCGAGGUGAGAAAACGCUACUUUCGCAACUUCUUGCGUGACGUAGUGUUUGACCUGAAUCCGCUGUUGCGCAAUUGUCCGUUGCUUCACAAGUUUUUGGAUCCUAACUAUGAGUUAUGCUGGGAAAACGCCAUCAAUGAGCCUCCCGUCAGCAUGCUCCCGCAGAAUCUCUUGCUCUCGAACCCGAAUGAUCCCACAGACCAGAAUGGCUUGUACAUGCUUUUGCCGUCCGUCAACGGCUUCGAUUUGGACUCUACUGACAACUUGCCUGGCCUCAAAAAGCUAAACGAUGACUUGCACAGGUUACACAAUGAAAUCAACCUUUUCGAUCUCAAGGAGUCCAACCUGCCGGAGUUGAAGGAUAACAAGAUGGCUUUUGGUGAAAUCCCUGUAGAAUUGAUUAACUACGAGAUAAACUUCCACCAGAACAUCAAGGUAUUACAUGAUCUCCACAAGCUCAACAAUCGGUCGGUGAGGAACUUGAAGCAUAUGGUAAAUGUGUUGGUGGAAUUGGGCGCCAACAUGAAUAAUUUCUCCUUGCAAAUCCAUGAGUUGAACAGUCUGGAUGCAAAUCUGCUCUCAUUGACCAUCGAGAGGUUUGGCCUGACCAUGGACUCUAGCUUCCUCAACUUCGAACACUUCUUGUACAAGCACGUUAUUCCUGACUGGCAAGAACCCAUUGACCAGUUUGUCCAGUACUACUACUCAGCAUUGCAGUUGAUUAAGUUCUACAAGUACAAACUCGUGCAAUUUAAACUCCUUUACAAGCUCAAAUUCAACAAAGCACAGGAGCUUGCUAAUUACACUAACACCCACCACUCGGUAAAGCAUUUGAAGGAUCUAAAUAUCGACAGUCCGUCCAUUAAGUCUGCAAUUAGGAAGAUAGAGACAAAACAACGGCGGGGAGGCAACUUGCACACGAAGAAAUCAUGGUACGGACUUUUUGGAGGAAACAAAACCACCUUUUCACUACCGGAAGAGAAUAAUUAUAGACAGAAUGGGGUCAAUUACGAGCAGCCGGUAGAUCUUAGCAGCCACUACCAGCACAAAAUACAGCAUAUCGAGAAGGAACUCCUCAAGCUCGACCAGCUCAUUGAGUUAUUCAACGGAGAUGUUAUUGAGCUCACUAAGAACUUGCAGAUCAACUUUGACGAGUACUUAGUGACAAUGGAGAAGAAGUGGUUGACAGCCAUGUUAGACUUCAUCCGUGCAGGAAAGCAGUUGUUCAACGAGAGUUUAGUCUCUUGGAACGAACUAAGAACUUUCAUUGACGAAACCACGGAGAACGAGCAUGGCUCUGUGUGA